AUGAACACCUCCCGGCAGCUUGCGCGGUCCGCAGCAGCGCCGACAGCCUCCUCGCCAUGGGCCUGCCUCUUCUGCAGAACCGCGCGCCAGCCGACCCGACGCCUCAACACGCCCGUCUUUCGGCGCAAGCUGUCCGGCACGACGGCCCGCCGCGCUCAGCCCGAGGAGAACCCCAAUGCGCUGUCGAUGGAAAAGGUCCGCGCGCACUACCGACAAAAGAACAGAACCGUCAUGAUGUACACUAUUAGCGCGAUCCUCGGCACCGUUGCCUUCUCGUACGGCUCUGUCCCCCUGUAUAAAAUGAUCUGCCAGCAGACCGGCUGGGGCGGGCAGCCGAUCCGCGUCCACGGCGGCCCUGGCGGCGAGCUGCAAGACAUUUCCGGCCGCGUCGUGCCCGUGACGACAGCGAAGAGGAUCCGCGUCACGUUCAAUGCCUCCGUGUCUGACGUGCUGCCGUGGAAGUUUGUGCCGCAGCAGCGCGAGGUGCGGGUGCUACCUGGCGAGACGGCGCUCGCCUUUUACACGGCCACGAACCGCGGCGACAAGGACAUCAUCGGCGUCGCCACGUACAGCGUCACGCCGGCGCAGUGCGCGCCGUACUUCAGCAAGAUUCAGUGCUUCUGCUUCGAGGAGCAGCGGCUGAACGCGGGCGAGACGGUGGACAUGCCGGUGUUCUUCUACCUGGAUCCGGACCUGUUGACCGACCUCAACAUGAAGGGCGUCGAGACAGUGACGCUGAAUUACACCUUUUUUAAAGCUCGCUACGACGACAAUGGUCGAUUCACUCCUCCUGCUACACUGUAA